AUGGUCACGCUGCAUGUAAAGACGACGGCAGGGAAAAAGUUCUCAGUUGAUAUGGAGCUAGAGAACUUUGUAUUACAAUGCAAAGAGAUGCUUGUGGCAUUUACAGAUGUACCUAUUGGUCUUCAGCGUCUUAUUUACAAGGGUAAAGUGCUCAAGGACGAUCAGACGCUUCAAAGCUACGGUAUUCAAGCAGAAGAUACUAUUUACUUUGUCAAGGGGUCGGCACAUGCACGAUCAGCGACUGCUGCAGCUGCAAUACCUUCUACUGCAACAUCAGCUGCAGCUACCCCUGCUGCUUCUACUGCUGCUGCUACAUCUACUGCUGCAGCUACUUCUGCUACGGCAUCCAAUCCAUUCAGCUUUAUGGGAGCUGUAGGUGAUACUGGUGGAAACUUGUUUGGCAAUUUGAUGGGAGCUGGAGGCCCGCCUGGUAUGCAGCAGUUGCAACAACAGAUGCUUGAAAACCCCGAAAUGGUGCGGCAAAUGAUGGAUUCGCCUAUGAUGCAAAACAUUCUCAACAAUCCUGACAUUAUGCGCAACAUUAUGCAAAGCAACCCGGCAAUGCAGCAACUGAUGGAGCAAAACCCGCAGUUGAAUCAUAUCAUGAACGACCCCGAGCUGCUGAGGCAAAGCAUGGAGGCCAUGCGCAAUCCUGCUGCCAUGCGAGAAAUGAUGCGGAACCAAGAUACGGCACUGCGGAACAUUGAGAGCCACCCUGAAGGGUUUAAUGCUCUGCGACGCAUGUAUCACGACGUGCAGGAGCCGCUCAUGAACGCUGCAGCAAGUGGCGUAUCUGCUCCUCGCGGGUCGGCAUUUACAAUGCCCGGCGUAGCUGGAGGAAACAGUAGUACUAGCGGCUCUUCGGCCAACACAACGCAGUCGCAGACGUCAACCUCGACUUCGACAACACCUUCUGUUGCGGCUGGCAAUCCGUGGGCUAUUCCAGGCGCAGCUAGUGGUACUGCAUCUACUGGUGCUGCUGGAGCUGCUGUCAAUCCGUGGGGUACUGUUGGUACGAGCGGUAUUGGUGGCCUUGGAGCGAUAGGAGGCAUGGGAGGCAUGGGUACUAACCCCGAGAUGAUAGCACAAAUGAUGCAGAGCCCCUUAAUCCAAGCGGCAUUAGACCAGGUUGCAAGUAACCCGGAGCAAUUUGUCGCACAAAUGGAGGCGAUGAAUCCACAGAUUGCAGCAGUGAUGAACGCGAAUCCACAGAUGCGCCAAAUGAUGUCAAACCCCGAGUUCUUGCGCCAGGCCAUGAAUCCGCAAAACAUGCAGGCGAUGAUGCAGAUGCAAAACGCCAUGAGUCAAUUAAGCGGGUCUGGAUUUAUUGCAGGACUCGAAGGCAUGAACCUUAACAACACUGGUACUGCUGGAGUGUCUAAUCCAGCUGCUGUGAACCCGUUUGCCAUGUUUGGUGGCUUUCCAGGUGCUGGUUUUGGUGCAACAACCCCUGCAGCACCUGUAGGCAACCCAGAGGAGCUGUACGCAUUGCAAUUGACGCAACUCAAUGACAUGGGCUUCUCUGAUCGUGACCAAAACAUUCGCGCGCUGCAAGCGACACUAGGUAACGUACAGGCUGCCGUUGACCGCUUGCUCAGUGGCACCAUAUAUGCUCGUGAACUGCUUCGUGCAAGUGUUCUUGACACUAACGCUGUGCGUCACUAUCUAGAGUCAAUCGAAGCUCAUGAACUUGAUGGUUUAUUAGACGGUAUAGCUCCUCAUUCAUUCAACAAUAGUAAAAACAAGACAAAGCAAAACCGUUUUCUUGUCCAAGAUGAUUGGUUACCAUUAGUUCGACUAUUAAUACAAUGUGAAGCGACACGUCUACGUGCUACUUCACGUAUUAUUCAUAUCUUACGACUUGGGAGUCCAAGUGAAUUAGAAAGCAUGCAACUACUUACAGAGGUAAAUGUCGGCUAUUCGAAUGCACUGGAUGAAGUACAGGAAUUACAGACAGUAAUGACAAGGCAAUUGGUCCAAAGGAAAAAACUACUGGACGAAAUUUACGUCGUCUUGGACAUGGUCUUUUCGUUCGUAGAGGACGUUGUGAGGAGUAAAGAAAAGGGUAAAGUACUACCGCAAUUACUCGGUCUUGUGACGUACUUUUUAGGUCUGAUUCGAGAAAUUCAUGGAGGAGAGAGAGCAGAGAGAGAGAGCUUGACCAAGUUAUUGGAGAUGCCCUGGAGCUGCCAGACGGUGCCAAGUUUGCUGGAUGUAUUGGUCAGUGAUGUCUCGUUGAUGGAGAGAGAAAGUUGGCAGCAAUUACAGGAAAAUGUCGAUCGGAUGGUGACGACGUCACCAGAGAUGACAAGCGAGACAAUGAAUCCGAUUAUCCGAGAGUGUGUUCUGGUGGCAAAUGUUACGGGUGAUCAUAAGUGGAUUGGUAUUUCGCGCUAUUUACUCCGACAAUUACCCGUCAAUUUGCGGCAAGAAGCAGAGUUCAAUUUGCAAAUGAUCUUGAACCAGUCUCCACGCAUCGUUUCGCUUGUCUGCGAAUCCAUCCGAGCUAGCAAAGUGUUAGAAAAAGAUGACGCCAUCAUGAAGGAUGCUAACAGCCACUAUAACGACGCACAGUGCGGUGGAGCAGGUCUCAAGUUAGACUGGCGUGACUUCUUCCUUCUCCUCCAUUUGCUUCAGGCGUCAAAGCCAGUUUUGCACCACCGAACUUCGUCCUCUCGCGUCGCCACAGAAGCAUCCAUAUUUACAGAAAUCGAGCAACUUGCGUGGAUGGUUGUACACAGUGAUUUUAGAGCAUUUACGAGUUCUGCUUCAUCGCACGAAACUCGUUCAGGAGAAUUGAUAAAAAGUUUAGAGAAGCAUGUGCUUGAUCGAGUAGAAUUGGUGCUUAAUUUUGGUGGCAAGCAGAUCCAUGCUCACGAAUGGAAAGCGCUGCUCUUGAUGGAUGUUGCUCUCUUUUGGCUAGAGCAAGGUAGCCCAACCGGUGAUGUUGAUAACAUGGUGAUUUCAAAACCUACGUUGGCAUUUAUGCUUUUACAAGCGAUAUUUGAAACGGCACCAGAAGUCCGCUCUGAAAUACUCAGUAGUUUAUUUGAGCGCUCUCAAAGUCCAGCGCAGAGGAAGAUUGCCAAAGUAACGCUUUCACAACUAUUUAUUUUACAAUCAGGAAAGCUUUUCCCGCACCUCAAUGCCAUUCAAGACUGGCUGAGUAUGCAAUUUCAACAGUCCUUUGACAACUCUCGCGACAUUUUCUUGAUUGCUUCUCGUCUGGCCACAGUGUACAAAGAUUUGUAUAACUUUUUGAUGGUAUUUUUACGAAAGUUACUGUCAAGUGGCAAUCGGCUGCAUCAACAAUUUGCGGUAGACAUGUGGUGUACGUGGCUAGAUCAUCGGCUAGCUUUUAAUGAGCAACAAGAAGAAGAGAUCGUUUCAGCGCUUAAAAACAGCGUGAUAGCUUCUCGUGAUAUCCAAGCUUGGUCAUUUGAACGUUUGGAGCAAGUGUUUCAACGUAGCGGUGAUAACGUUGAAGGACCUGCCAUCCUGUUGCGGAAAAGCUCGUGGGAAGAGCUCAAGAGGUUUUUCUUUCAAGAGGUUGGCAAGUUUAUUUUGCCAACGUUAACGGGUAUCGCUGGGUAUGAGAACGAAGAUGGUGAAGAUAGUGCAGAUGAGGACGACGACGAGGAUUCAGGUUUAUCGCGGUUUUGUUUCAGCUCACUCGACGCAUUUUAUCAACAAAAUGCUAGUCUGGAUGGUGCAGCAUCGACCGGGUUUGUGUUCCAGAAACUGCUAUCUUGCUUGAUACGAUUUGAGGAAGGUGUGUUCCUGUCAAAAGUUUCGUUAGAGGGUUUACCAAUUGAAGUCCUUAGUGAGAGCGACAGCGACAUCAAACAGUGGCUUGUCGACGUGGUUUCCAAUUGGAAAUUUUUUUUUCACUGGAUAUGCCAAGACUCUGAUAAGCUGCUGAAUCAGUCAGCACAGGGUAGAGCUUGCGAGAAGAGCGCUUGGUGGAAACUUGUUGCUCGCAUCUACAUCGGUUGUGCCAUUUGUAAUAUUACACUCGGCAUGUUGACGUGGAAAUGGUCUGCUGCAAAUCUUAGUGAACACGUUAUAUUCAACCAGGACUUGGCUGCGUUCGUUACUGAAGAUUGCGGGAUUUCAGUUUGGUCGUUGAUGGAAGUGGAGUUUAGUUUGCAUCGGAUGAUACAGAAGCUUGCUUCAUAUUACGCAAACGAAACGGAAAUGACGUUGUCGAAGGAGUACGUUAGGUCGGCUACAUACGGGUUACAUAGAGUGCUACAACCUGUGAUGCUGCAGAUUUUGACAGCUAUCAGGAGUAUCCUGGAGAGAUCAGAAAUGUCAAAGGCGGGGGAGGAUAAACGACCAAAUGGAAUGUCAUUUGAAGCCGCUCUUUUUGCUUUAGACUCGUGUUGCAGUACUUUCGGGGAUGAAAACUUGUUUGGAGCAUUUUAUUCUUGGGAUAAUGAAGCUGACGUGUUAAGAAAAGCUAGUACCAUUCUCGAGAUGCUGCUCUCCGUGUACAUUAAUGUUCGCGAUCGCAUUUUGCCAGGAUCGGAUAUCUCCGGUGCAGACAAGGGAGGUGAAGAAAGCAGUGAGUCUGCUUGCGGGCAGCAAUUUUCUCUGUACGCAGACUCCAUCUCUGCCAAAUUUCCAGCAUCAGCGCGGCAUCUUGUUCAGCCUGGAAAAGGUGCCAAAUCAGUUGUGAUGUUGGAUACGAAAGGUGGAGAAGAGAUGCUGGAGCACGUUUGUGCAGCAAUAGAGCGAACGCUAGACACUUUGAUCAAAUCUGCAGGUCUCCAUUCAGUGCACGAUAUACUUGGUGAAACGCUGUCUAAGGUUUCGUGGGCCGGAAAUCGUAAGCUGCCGGAGAUGCAAGGAGUUGGUGACAAGAACAAUUUUGCCCGUUUAUCAGGUAACUUUUUGUGUGACGUCAAGACAUGUGUUCAGCUGAAUGGGCUUACGAAGUUGGCCGUGUCUUGCGCCUCAUUAAGCAAACGCCUUCUGGAUAAUGCUGCAGAUAUUGUAAGCUUAGAUUGCAGUAUGGACGGUUCCGAUUCGUAUCGACUCUCAUCGUUUGCCUACGACAUUUUGUGCGAUAACGUUGUGUACAAUGCACGACUGCUUCGGCUUAUGAUGAAUGUCUGUUUUCCGACUCAUCUUGCGCUUCGCAUGAAGACGUUUGUGGCGUUGGAAAGUAAGAUUGAAGGGAUCAUUCAGACGUGCUUCAUUGAUUCGGCAGAUGAUAUGGACGCAUCAACUAGCACGCGCUAUCAGCGCAGACCCGAUCUAAAGAACUCAAAGAAAAAAAGUGAUGUGCCAGCACGUCGAAAGCGUUUACGGCAAGGCUUUGAUGCCAGGUCGUGCAACGCUCUGAGAGGAGAUUUUGGCUCCGAUUCCGACACUAGCUACGCUUCCGAAUCUGCCAUUUCUGACAGCUCCGAUGCACUUAUUGACUCUCAGACCUACGGCAUCAGACGGAACCAAGGCACAUCACCCAAAGACGAUCGCAUUCCGCACCUUCAUUCCCAUGCUACUCAAAACGUUGCCAUCGUUGCUGUUUUGGGUCUGCUUGAACAAUCUCAAUCCACGCUACUGAAUAUCAUCACUGCCAAGAACGGAGACAGCAAACCCAUCUCAUUUCCCCGUUUCGAGGAAAUUUUGGGCUACAAUCGGAUUCACGAGUUUGUGAAUAAAGUGAUAAGCGACUGUUGUCAUUUUUCGUGGGAGACCCGAACGGUGCUGCUCAAGGUUUUACACGUGAUUGAAUGUGGAUUGCGUAUUGGCAAAGCUAGUGGAUCGUUGCAACGAAAGAGAGAUGCAAUUGAAGUUGAUAUGUGGUAUGACUGUAUUCUUUCCAUCUAUGAGUCUUCAGUCACAACGGCAUUAAGAAGUCGAGCAUGGGUUGGUGGUAUCAAGGAUGCAAGUCAAGAUUCCGGCACAAAAACCAAGAUAUCUGCAACUUUGCUGAAGAUGGACAUUUUUUUCUUGCAAGUUCCAAGCACCGUCCAGACUUGGCUGAAAGAGACGACGAUAUCUGAUGCAACAAAAGACCGUUUAAAGUCCAUCAUGACUUUGGUGAAGGAGAGAAUUGCCCCGACAGAUUACUCAAACGUUCGACGUGGAAAGACAAAGGCUCGACAGCGUUUGAUGGGUAUUAUCCCGAUCGUUCGAAAGCGAAAGAAACGUCUACGGAGUCGUCAUCCUGUUAUUGACGCGUUUCUCAAUGAAGAAGACGGUGCAGACGCAUUUGCUGACUUGGAAGAUUUUAUUGAAUAG